CGGGGAUCCUCCCUUGUCCCGCAUGCUGUGGCAGAGCCGUCUGUGGGGGUCUCAUUUUCUGGAAGCCAUCCCCACCCCUCACCAUGGGUGGGGUUGUUGGAUAGAGGGAGGCUGGCCCUCUUUCUUUGGGGGGACUGUUCAAUUGCGCCUGAAGCCUGCUUUCUUUCCGAAUGCUGCAAGGUAAUUAAAUAGUUGGUUAAUCACUUUUAACGCCAAGCAGCUGCGGCUCCAUCUACAGUGUGCUGGAAUCUGGGCUAGACCCAGAUGAACCCAGCCUCGAUUUGGGGGCUCCAGCGGGACUCACAGCACUGUGGUUGGUGGUGGUGGGGGCAGGGGGACUAGUUGCGUGACAUCUGGAUCCAAGAGGCAGCUGUGGUGGCAGGAGGAGAGAGAUGAGGCCCUGUACCUAUGAGGCUCUGCCCCCAGGGUCCCACAUCCUCUGUUAAAUGAGGGACUUGGGAGGAGGUCCCUCCAUCCCCUAGGGCUGGGGCGCCUAGCUGCCCAGCCAUUGAUCAGGCCAGCUUUCUGGAACCAACCACCCAAGGCACCAUGGGGCUGUGGUUCCCAGGCCUGCCCUGGCGCCCUGUGAAGUCUGCCCACAGGGAUGUGCAGGAGCUGUGUUGUAGAUGUCUCCUGCCAUCAGCUGUCAGGUUAUUUUGGUCCAAACUGAAAAUACUCCAGGAAUUGUGUGUGGAGUACCCCCAGCCUGCAGGGUGGGACUGCAGCAGUCAGGGAGGCCGGUUGUGUCUAAGGGCAGCCUCUGGAGAAGUAGAGUUCUCUAUGGUGAGCCUGCCUCUCUAGCUCCCCAGGACCUACGUGAGCUGGGGUGCCUUCCUUUUGGUAUCCGGCAAAGAGUGGCCUUGGCUAUGGAAGUGGUAAGGGUAUCCAGGGACCUGCCGCUGCUAAUGGAACUUGGCACUGAUACGGGAUACCCCCAGCAGCACUGCUGGGACCUCCCCCAGCUUCCCUCCUUCCUCCAGGGGCUUGGCUUCUGGCUAGUUAGGGGCUCUAUGUGGGGACAGUUAUGUGGCCCCGGGCAGAGAGGUCCCGCCGUCUGUUUGCUGAAGGAGGAAAAAACACUCGGACUAUUGAUUCAGCCUCACCUUGGCGCUCCUGGCUCAGCAGCCAGUGUUUGCCCUGGCUGCCUAGGCUCGGAUUACGCAAGACUGGUGGGCGUGGAGCAAGCAAAGGGGCAGCUGGGGGCCUCCAGGCCCAGGCAGGGCAGGGCUUGGUGGCCCCAGCGUUCCCCAGGAAACAGUAAAAACGAGCCUGGGCCCCUGACUUUGCUGAUAGAGCCAUCUCAGCCAUAGAGGGAGGUGAAGCCUCUGUGAUCGCCACCCCGCACCCCCUCAGGACGUGGCCCAUAAAAGUACCAUCCCACCUAGGGUCACCCAUUCUUUCUUCCUAGGAGCUGUGGGGCUUUGCAGAUAACUCCCUAUGGCUGAAUCUGCUUUGCUGAACUAGGAAACCCUAAGUCGGCACUCCUCACCCUCCCGAGCCCUGCCCAUCUCGUCCCCAUGCCCCCACCAGUCAGCCCCGGGCCACAGGCAGUGAGCAGGCACCUGGGAGCCGAGGCCCUGUGACCAGGCCAAGGAGACAGGCGCUCCAGGAUCCCAGCCACCUGUCCCCUCCAUGGAGCUGAGGUCCUGGUUGCUAUGGGUGGUAGCAGCAACAGGAACCUUGGUCCUGCUAGCAGCUGAUGCUCAGGGCCAGAAGGUCUUCACCAACACGUGGGCUGUGCACAUCCCUGGAGGCCCAGCGGUGGCCAACAGCGUGGCACGGAAGCAUGGGUUCCUCAACCUGGGCCAGAUCUUCGGGGACUAUUACCACUUCUGGCAUCGAGGAGUGACGAAGCGGUCCCUGUCGCCUCACCGCCCGCGGCACAGCCGGUUGCAGCGGGAGCCUCAAGUACAGUGGCUGGAACAGCAGGUGGCAAAGCGACGGACUAAACGCGACUUGUACCAGGAGCCCACAGACCCCAAGUUUCCUCAGCAGUGGUACCUGUCUGGUGUCACUCAGCGGGACCUGAAUGUGAAGGAGGCCUGGGCGCAGGGCUACACAGGGCACGGCAUUGUGGUCUCCAUUCUGGACGAUGGCAUCGAGAAGAACCACCCGGACUUGGCAGGCAAUUAUGAUCCUGGGGCCAGUUUUGAUGUCAAUGACCAGGACCCUGACCCCCAGCCUCGUUACACACAGAUGAAUGACAACAGGCAUGGCACACGGUGUGCGGGGGAAGUGGCUGCGGUGGCCAACAAUGGUGUCUGUGGUGUAGGUGUGGCCUACAACGCCCGCAUUGGAGGGGUGCGCAUGCUGGAUGGCGAGGUGACAGAUGCAGUGGAGGCACGCUCGCUGGGCCUGAACCCCAACCACAUCCACAUCUACAGUGCUAGCUGGGGCCCCGAGGAUGACGGCAAGACAGUGGAUGGGCCAGCCCGCCUCGCUGAGGAGGCCUUCUUCCGUGGGGUUAGCCAGGGCCGAGGGGGGCUGGGCUCCAUCUUUGUCUGGGCCUCGGGGAACGGGGGCCGGGAACAUGACAGCUGCAACUGCGACGGCUACACCAACAGUAUCUACACGCUGUCCAUCAGCAGCGCUACGCAGUUUGGCAACGUGCCCUGGUACAGUGAGGCCUGCUCAUCCACACUGGCCACGACCUACAGCAGUGGCAACCAGAAUGAGAAGCAGAUCGUGACGACUGACUUGCGGCAGAAGUGCACAGAGUCUCACACGGGCACCUCAGCCUCUGCCCCCUUAGCAGCUGGCAUCAUUGCUCUCACCCUGGAGGCCAAUAAGAACCUCACAUGGCGGGACAUGCAGCACCUGGUGGUACAGACCUCGAAGCCAGCCCACCUCAACGCCAAUGACUGGGCCACCAAUGGUGUGGGCCGGAAAGUGAGCCACUCGUAUGGCUACGGGCUUUUGGAUGCAGGCGCCAUGGUGGCCCUGGCCCAGAAUUGGACCACCGUGGGCCCCCAGCGGAAGUGCAUCAUCGACAUCCUCAUGGAGCCCAAAGACAUCGGGAAACGGCUCGAGGUGCGGAAGACCGUGACCGCGUGCCUGGGCGAGCCCAACCACAUCACUCGGCUGGAGCACGCUCAGGCGCGGCUCACCCUGUCCUAUAAUCGCCGUGGCGACCUGGCCAUCCACAUGGUCAGCCCCAUGGGCACCCGCUCCACCCUGCUGGCAGCCAGGCCACAUGACUACUCCGCAGAUGGGUUUAAUGACUGGGCUUUCAUGACAACUCAUUCCUGGGAUGAGGAUCCCUCUGGCGAGUGGGUCCUAGAGAUUGAAAACACCAGCGAAGCCAACAACUAUGGGACACUGACAAAGUUCACCCUCGUACUCUAUGGCACUGCCCCUGAGGGGCUGCCCAUACCUCCAGAAAGCAGUGGCUGCAAGACCCUCACGUCCAGUCAGGCUUGUGUGGUGUGCGAGGAAGGCUUCUCCCUGCACCAGAAGAGCUGUGUCCAGCACUGCCCUCCAGGCUUCGCCCCCCAAGUCCUCGAUACACACUAUAGCACCGAGAAUGAUGUGGAGACCAUCCGGGCCAGCGUCUGCGCCCCCUGCCACGCCUCAUGUGCCACAUGCCAGGGGCCGGCCCCGACAGACUGCCUCAGCUGCCCCAGCCAUGCCUCCUUGGACCCUGUGGAGCAGACUUGCUCCCGGCAAAGCCAGAGCAGCCGAGAGUCCCCGCCACAGCAGCAGCCACCCCGGCUGCCCCCAGAGAUGGAGGCGGGGCCGCGGCUGCGCGCAGGGCUGCUGCCCUCACACCUGCCGGAGGUGGUGGCCGGCCUCAGCUGCGCCUUCAUCGUGCUGGUCUUCGUCACUGUCUUCCUGGUCCUGCAGCUGCGCUCUGGCUUUAGCUUCCGGGGGGUCAAGGUGUACACCAUGGACCGUGGCCUCAUCUCCUACAAGGGGCUGCCCCCUGAAGCCUGGCAGGAGGAGUGCCCGUCCGACUCAGAAGAGGAUGAGGGCCGGGGCGAGAGGACCGCCUUUAUCAAAGACCAGAGCGCCCUCUGAUGAGCCCACUGCCCACCCCCUCAAGCCAAUCCCCUCCUUGGGCACUUUUUAAUUCACCAAAGUAUUUUUUUAUCUUGGGACUGGGUUUGGACCCCAGCUGGGAGGCAAGAGGGGUAGAGACUGCUUCCCUUCCUACCCUCAGGCCCAUCUGGCCACCUGAGGUGGGCCCAGGACCAGCUGGGGUGCGGGGAGGGCCGUACCCCACCCUCAGCACCCCCUCCAUGUGGAGAAAGGAGUGAAACCUUUAGGGCAGCUUGCCCAGGCCCAGGCCCAGGCCCAGGCCCCGGCCCCAGCCAGAGUUCCUGCGGAGUGAAGAGGGGCAGCCUUUGCUUGUUGGGAUUCCUGACCCAGGCCGCAGCUCUUGCCCUUCCCUGUCCCUCUAAAGCAAUAAUGGUCCCAUCCAGGCAGUCGGGGGCUGGCCUAGGAGGUAUCUGAGGGAGGAGGCCACCUCUCCAAGGGCUUCUGCACCCUCCACCUUGUCCCCCAGCUCUGGUGAGUCUUGGCGGCGGCAGCCAUCAUACGAAGGGACCAAGGCAAGGCAGGUGCCUCCAGGUGUGCAAGUGGCAUGUUGGCCUGUGGCCUGUGUCCCAUGACCCACCCCUGUGCUCCGUGCCUCCACCACCACUGGCCACCAGGCUGGCGCAGCCAAGGCUGAAAUUCUGGCUGAAGCCUGUGCUGGUGUCCUGACCAUCCUCCCCUCUUUUGCACCUGCCUCUCCUGUCAGGGCCCAAGUCCCUGUUUUCUGAGCCCGGGCUGCCUGGGCUGUUGGCACUCACAGACCUGGAGCCCCUGGGUGGAUGGUGGGGAGGGGCAGUGGCCCAGCCAGCCUCUCUGGCCUCCCACCCAAUGCUGCUUUCCCCUGUGGGGAUCUCAGGGGCUGUUUGAGGAUAUAUUUUCACUUUGUGAUUAUUUCACUUUAGACGCUGAUGAUUUGUUUUUGUAUUUUUAAUGGGGGUAGCAGCUGGACUACCCACCUUCUCACACCCACCGUCCGCCCUGCUCCUCCCUGGCUGCCCUGGCCCUGAGGUGUGGGGGCUGCAGCAUGUUGCUGAGGAGUGAGGAAUAGUUGAGCCCCAAGUCCUGAAGAGGCAGGCCAGCCAGGCGGGCUCAAGGAAAGGGGGUCCCAGUGGGAGGGGCCGGCUGACAUCUGUGUUUCAAGUGGGGCUCACCAUGCCAGGGGCUCAUAGGUCACUGGCUCUCCAAGUGCCAGGGGUAGGCAGGUGGUGGCACUUAGCCCCCUCCAACACUGUGCCCUGGUGGAGAAAGCACUGACCUGUCAUGCCCCCCUCAAACCUCCUCUUCUGACGUGCCUUUUGCACCCCUCCCAUUAGGACAAUCAGUCCCCUCCCAUCUGGGAGCCUCCUUUUCUUUCUCUCCCCUAGCCAUUCCUGGUACCCAGCCACCUGCCCAGGGGUGCCCCCUCCUCUCCCAUCCCCCUACCCUCGUGGCCAGCCCGGCUGGUUUUGUAAGAUACUGGGUUGGUGCACAGUGAUUUUUUUCUUGUAAUUUAAACAGGCCCAGCAUUGUUGGUUCUAUUUAAUGGACACGAGAUAAUGUUAGAGGUUUUAAAGUGAUUAAACGUGCAGACUAUGCAAACCAG